GUCGYUGAGUGAGGUCCUCUGUCCCAUCRUCUCUUAUAACAGGAAGAUUGAAGUCGAAGGCGGGUGGCCAAAAUGCCAGAAGAGAUGGCGGACGGUGGGAGGAAGCUUGUGACUCUUGAUGACCUCAUCGAUGUCCUGGACAAGCGCGAGAGGGCGCCGAGCAGCGUCCCAAAGGUCGAGAUAUUCCACUUCAAAGGGGAUCGGGUAUCUGAUUGGCUGGAUCUGAUAGAGAAGGCACUAGUGGGGCUAUCGGAUGAGGUCAAGCUCCAACGGGUCCUGAGGUAUGUCCUGCAUAGCCACCAUCAGGAAGUGGCUAAGAUUGUGGAUGCCGCCGGUGGCAGUUGGGCAAAGUUUGGGGACCUAAUGCGAAGGAAGUACAGGCUGGGGGACGGCCAGUUGACCAUGGCCGACUUGGAGGCCAUGAAUAAGGAAGACUUCUCUACCAUUGGGGCGUUUGUGCACAAAUUUAAGAAAAAGGCGAGGAAAGUGCACGGGAUUUCUGAGGAGGCGCAGUGUGCCACAUUUCUGGGACUGCUUACGGGCUUGGAGGCCACAGAGCUGACCAAGUAUGGGGAAGGGAGCGAGAGGCCCUCUUGGGCAACCAUUGACAAGGGAGUGGAAGAAGGGAGUCUGGACCAGGUGGAGCAGCACCAAAUGAGAUUGCAAAGGCGCAAGAGGAAGGAGAGGGAUGCUACCGCAUCCAGGACCCUAGGGGUGAAGAGAAUAGUCACGGACGUGCUGGCGGCGCUGGGCUAUGAUAAUGAAGCAGAGAUACAGAAGAGAGGGGUGUUAGUGGCCCAAGGCCGGGCGUCAGGGGCAGUAGAUAAGGAGGUUGGGCAAGAAGACUAUGGCGGAGGGGAGACAGGCUCCCACAACCUGAUUAAGGCCCAGAGGAAGCAGCGCAACUUGCUGCAGGGAGGGCAGGGGUCAGGGAAGGGACAGGCUCCCCAAGGCAUUGCCGCACCACCACCUGUCGCCGCGGCCGCGUCGGCGCCAGCAGGGCCAUCGCACAUGGGGCCGCCACCAACUUGCGGGCACUGGGUGCCGCACUGUCAGUCCGCACCCUGGCCCAGUUGCAACCACUGUGUCUCGUGUGGAGGGGGUCAGGCCCACGCGGGACACAUGGUCCCCUGCUCAGGCCCAUCAGCAAGUAUGGGCCCCCCGGGCUACCCGGCGACCCAAAGCCAGCCCAUGGCCCAACCGCCGCCCUCCGAGCAGGCCUCACAAGCUAGUGUGGCCGGGGGAGGGGGCCAAGGACAAGGCGGGCAGGGCAAUGGGGGCCGGGGUCAAGGGGGUAGAGGAGGGGGCGGCAGGGGGCGAGGAGGAAAUGGUGGAGGCCGUGGAGGAGGCUGGAAUGGUCAAGGGGGUCAGAACCAAGGUGGCCAAGGCAGCCAGGGAGGAGGCCAGGGGUAUGGGAGACCCCGCUUCGACUGGCGGAACGCAACUUGUUGGCAUUGUGGCGAGGUGGGCCACACCGUACGAUUCUGCCAACAGCGGCGGGACGACGAAAAGGCAGGAUUAAUCUCCACCUGUAUGGACGGGGAUAUAUACGAUCGGUGGGGAACGCACAUUGACCCCAAGACCCCGGGAGGAAUCAGGCAGRAGGCCCUCAGGCGGGCARCGGCCGGGCCUCCARCAGCCCCAACAAURUUUAGGAUAUGGCAGGAAAGGCAAGACCCCGACAUAAGAGUCGAGGAGAUUGUGGGUGAAAAUGAGGAAGUAACUCAGCGGUUGAAGGCAGGGACUAUAAAGGAGGAGCCCAUAGUCGUUGAGUCUGACGAUGAGGCGCAGGAGGCGGCGAGAGAGUCGGCCUCGACCAUCCUGGAGAGGAUGGAGGAUCUGCUUGCAAAGGUGGGCAAAUACCAAGAACGAUUAAGGGUGAUGUGCGGGGAGGCCCGGGAGUGGAAAAUGAACCUUCUUGAGGUGAUGCUCUAUGGAUCCGGUCCGGAAUCGCCAUCAGGGCCGCAAGGGUGUCCAAGUGUGGCGACGGCCGGGGCAGGUCCUAGGUCAGGGAUGACCUUCAGACCCCCUACAUCUCAUGGAAGGGCACCACAGGCCGCGCAGACUAAGGGCCAAAGUAAGGCUACCACCAGUCAAGGGUCUAGCCAGGCACCCAGUCGGGCGCCCCCUCGAAAGGACCCUGAGCCCGAACGAAGAAAGGAAGUGGUAGAGGUUCGAGAAGAGGAAGAUGAGGGUGAUGACGAAGAGGACGAGAGGCUCCGGCAGGAGGAGGACGGGAGGGCGGAACAGAGGGCCAAGAAGAGAGGGGCUCAGGGAGGGGUGGAGUCGAGUCUGCAUGACGGCGUGCCAAAAAGGAAGAAUUAUGCAGUCCGGCUGGAGGAAGGCUUUGACAUGGAGCGAAUGGUGGAUAAGCUUUUGGAGGGCCAUAACGAUCUGAUGAACUUAAAGGACAUUCUAGCGUCAGCACCGAGGCUCCGGGGCGAGCUGAAAGAGCGGCUCUCACGGAGGUUAGUGCCCAAUGUCCACCUGAGCUCUAUCCUGCCCAGGGAGAUAGAGUGGACGGAGGCGGGCACCAGGAUGGAUUGGAAAUGUGUGGCGUGUAGGUUGGUGGACCUGAAGGUGAGGGACCAGCCGAGCAUUGCAAUGGUGGACACGGGUGCGAAAAUGAACAUCAUCCGGGAGCGGGAUGCGACUAUGCUCGGGCUGGAGGUCGACCAUUCAGACCAUGGCGUGUUGCAUGACGCCAACUGCAAGGCCAUCUUUUGCGGCACCGCAUCUAAUGUAAUGGUAGAGAUUGGGAGAGUAAGGGCGCGGACGUGCUUCUUGGUCAUGCCCGACGUCGACCACCCUAUUUUUCUGGGGAGGUCGUUCCUCUGCCGAACGGAGACCUUGGUCUUCAACAGGCAUGAAGGGACGAUGAUUCUGGCUUUGUCCGAUCCAGCCUGUGGAAACUAUGAAAUCAUUAAGUGCCGGAACACAGGACCCGGAAGCGGGAGGAACAGGCUCAACCUCCGCUCCUUUACCUUCGAGGAGUCUGAAUACGCGCGACGGAGACUCCGGGAGGAGCAGAAAGAGGAAGGAGUAGGCGAAGUAUUAUCCCUAAGCCUUAACGAUGUGAAUAAGGCAAUGGAGGUGGUGGCGGCACAUGAUAUGGCGGACCCUGAGGCUAUCAAGAGGAACAGGCUCAACCUCGGCUCCUUUACCUUCGAGGAGUCUGAAUACGCGCGACGGAGACUCCGGGAGGAGCAGAAGGAGGAAGGAGUAGGCGAGGUAUUAUCCCUUAGCCUUAACGAUGUGAAUAAGGCAAUGGAGGUGGUGGCGGCACAUGAUAUGGCGGACCCUGACGCUAUCAAGGCGUUGAGGGAGCAGGUCCUGGAAAGCCCUCAGGUGGGAGAAGUGGAACUGAUCUAUCGGCUUCCCGGGAGGAAAGGAGACCCUGCGAUGGCCCAGGCCCGAACGACAAGAUAUCGAUCAAGUUCUGGGUCUGCUGGAGGAGCACAACCUGACGGUGAGCGGCCCCAAGUCGAAGCAUUGCAUGAGGGAGGCCACGAUUCUGGGCUUUGUUUGCAACGAAAAGGGGCGGAGGCCAGAUGGGAAGAAGACGGACAAGAUCCUAGAGUGGCCAGUCCCCUUCCUAUCGAUAACGGACGUGAGGAGCUUCUUGGGACCUGCGGGUUUUGGAGGAGUUUUGUGAAGGACUUUGCCACCAAGACGGAGCAUUUGAGGAAGCUGGUACGUCAGGAUCAGGAGUGGGUCUGGGGCGAAGACCAGGAAAAGGCUGUGGAAAGGAUGGAGAGAGAAUUCAAGGAAGGAGGCUUGGUGAUGGGAGCGCCGAAUUACAAGGCCACGGAGGAGAAGCCAUUUGUUGUUGAGACGGGCGUCGGGCCAACUGCCUUAGGAGGGGUCCUAAUCCAGGCGGAUGCUGAUGGGAAGGAGAGGCCGUUAAGAUUUGAAACCCGCACCCUCAAUACGACUGAGAGGAAUUACUCUCAGUUCAAGAAGGAGACGUUGGCGGUGCUCCAUUGCCUAAGAACCUUCCGGAAUUACAUCUUUGGCAGAAGGCUCAUUUUGAGGGUGGACCCUACCGCGCUGGCGUGUUCCCUGAAAAGUUACACUCCAUCUGACCCAACCAUCGCGAGGUGGUUGACUUACAUUUGGAUGUUUAACUUUGAGUUGGAGAGGAUUCCCGGGGACAAGAAUAGGGCAGAUGGGUUGAGCCGGACACAUAAUCUAGCAGAGGAGGUAAGGACGAUAGAGGAAGGCCCGACCCAGGUAGAGGAGCAUGAGCAACUAAUGGGAGGAAUGUACUUGCUCACCAACACGCUCCUACAGGGGAACUUUGACCAGAGGGGCGCAGCCAGCUCAGAGGAGGGCGAACUUCUCAUUCCUGAGAGUCAGGACGACGAGUUCGAAGAGGGAGAGAUUAGGGAGGCCUUCUGUGUUGAGGAGUAUGACGGAAUUUAUCGAGAAUUGGGGUCACUCCUGUCAUGCGAAAUGAGGGAUAGGGACGCCAGUGCUAAGGCCCAGAAGAUGAGGCAUCUCUACGUGGUGAGAGAUGGUCAUUUGUUUAUAAAGCGACAGGUUGGGAACCCCAAGAGGAUCGUAUGUGGGAGGAACCGGCAGAUCGAUGUCAUAGCAGCCCUACACGAUGGUAUAGCAGGGGGGCACAGAGGGGUUAGUGCCACGUGUGCGAAGAUAAGCGAGUUAUACCGUUGGGAUGGAAUGCUGACUAUGGUUAUCAAGUACUGCCAGUCCUGUGUGCCUUGUCAGCAGAGGUCAGCGCAAAGGCCUGGGGAGCCUUUACACCCCAGGCUAGAAAGGGAAGUGGGUGUCGUCGUACACCUCGACCUCUUGUUCAUGUCACUCGGGGAGGAUGAAAGUAAUUAUGUCUUCGAUGCACGGGACAACCUUACUGGGUUUGUGUACGGUCGGGCUAUUCGCACAAAGACUGACCCAGUUUUAGCAAGGUGCAUCGAAGAGUACUACCUGUGCUAUCCGUUCGUCAAAGAAUUUGUGAUGGACCGGGGGUCGGAGUUCACUUGUAACGAGGUGCGGACCUUGCUCGUGGGGUACGGCGUGGUAGCAAACUAUACUACUGUUGCGCACCCCCAGGCGAACGCACUUGUGGAGAGGGGGCACAACACCAUCACGAAUCUCCUGGCUAAAUGGAUGGAGGGGAAGCCUAACCAAUGGCCGAAGUUCCUGAGAGCAGCUUUAAAGGACUACCAAGCCGAUGGCUCGGUUGUUGACCUUGCUAUGUGCAUGCUUAUUGUCUCUUGCCUGUGGUGCAGGUCUGACCUUUCGAAGGCAGUCAUGCAGAGGGGCGGGAGGGACACACGGCCACGCCAGGGGCCCCAGAGGAUGGAGGGAAGGGGCGAGCAGCACGAGCCGCAUAGGAGGGAGCCUACGCCUGAGUUUGAUGACGACAACAUUGAGCUCUUCUUGGACGUAUAUCGGGACCAUGCGGCACAGAGAGGGUGGUCAGUGGCGGAGAGGAUUCACCACUUGAGGGGCAUAGGGAGGUUCGAGGAGCCCGUCGCUCAGAUAUGUGAGGAGGCCCUGACUUGGCCAGAUGUGGAGGCCGGGAUGCAGAGGUUGAGAGCUUCCCCUAGGUGGCGUGAUGGCAUGCCCAUUCGAUUGGAGGAGGGGAACGCAGAUGAGUUCAUCCCCGCAUAUGAGCACUGCAUGUUGAGUCUGGGGGUUCCGCAGGGGGAAUGGGUGCAGGCCCUACUUAUCUGGACGAGGUGGGCAGAGAAGCAGGCGAUCAAGCAGAUUCAGGAGAGGGCUCGAGACUGUGAGGACUGUCAGGCCCAACUUAGGAGGGCGUUCGAACAGCCACAGCACGAGAGGCACGAGCCCAGAGUUGAGAGGCGGCGGCGAAGCAAGAGGCCAAGGGAACCGGCACCGAGAGAGGCGGGGCUGGCCAGAGAGGGGAGGGGAGCCCCGGCCCAGCGGGAGGAUGAGCCCGCAGGGCUCGCACUGACAGAAGAGUCGUUCCCUGCCUGUUGCCUCCGGGCGGUUGAGUUUCGGCGGAUUACGAGUGCGGAGUUGAGGCCGCCCUCGCCACUGCCAUCAACGCAGGAACUGGACAUACCAAGAGAGACGUCAUUCCGAAGGCUGGGAGAGGGCUCAGUUGAGCCGGCGUGCUACGUGUCAUUGGAGCCCCUCAACCCCGAGAUGGAAACAGACACGCGAGGCCAAGAGGAGCCACAGGAUCUUGAGAUGGCAGCCAAGCGGCCGGAUCCGGUACGACCCCAGGUUGGAGAGGUGAUCACGGUCGGAGACGAUACCCCUCCAUGUUCGCCAGUUCCAGGGCCAGCACAACGUUCAUGGCCAGAGGGGAUUCCCGAGCCGGGCAGCGAGGAGAUUCCGGAGUCCCCGCCUGCGGCCACCCUCACGCCUGAGCAGGAGGCAGAGGCGGAGGAUCAGGGAGUGUGUGAGGGAGCGGGGAUGGAGGCGCCCCCUGACCUGCCAUCGUCCACGCACGUGACUAGGAGUCCGGUCAUCGAGGAGCCCGUUCCAGCGGAGUUACCGCCAGUAGUGCCAUGCCAAGCUGAGAUGGAGGCGGCAGGGAUAGAGCCGACACCGCCAGUCGAGCCCAAGACGAGCGAGCAGAGGAUUGACGAGUUGUGGGCUAGGUAUGAGAGCCAGAGGGAUGCAGCCCGCCAGAGGCCACGAGAGGCAGGACCGACAGGCGAGGGGACGAGUGAGUUGAGGGAGAUGGGAGACGUGGGAUUCUCUGCGACCAGGAUGGCGAUUGAGCGCAUGGAUCGGAGGGUAUGCGAGACGGCAGUCACAUCUUUCCAAUGGUAUAAUUUACUCAGCAAUGAGCUCAGGGUUAAGGAGUUGGAGGUAGAGCACCUGACUGCUCAGCUUGCCGAGGAGAGGGUGAGGAGCCAGGCCAGAGAGGUUGAGUGGGAGAGGAGAUUUGGGGAGAUGGCGGCCGCUAUGGAUAGGCUCUCAGCAGCCUGGGAGGCUAGCAGGACAGGGCCGGCCGGUGCUGACAUCCAGGGCCGUGGGAUGCAGGCGUCGUCAAGUCAGGGAGUAGCAGUGGAAGUCCCUCGUCAGGACGAGCCGAUGGAAGAGGCGCCCUUGGACGCAGUCGAGAAGGAGAGUGGCGCGCAGGAGUCGCUUAUGGCUAUGUCCACGGAGAGGAGGAGUUCGCGCUUGCAUGAGUUGGCGACAGCCAUGGGGAUAGGCACUCCACAAGAGGGGCCUCAGGGACUUGACGCUCCAGAGCAUGCCCCGAGGUUGGGAGAGUUGAGGGCGGAGCUGGGCUCUUGGGUCACGGGGACGGACUCAGGAGGACCUGACUCGCGACGGCAAGAGCGGCAGGAGGUCAUGAGUGAGCCCGCCGCUAUGAGGGGCUCUCAGCCGACAGGAGUAUGCAGGGAUGAGGCGGCGAUGACAGAGAGCGCUCAUGAGGAGGGGCCCCGGGAGUUGGACACGCAAAGCGCGGGCCAGGGAGUGCGGCUGCACGAGGGGGUGAGGGUGUUGAGGCUAUGGGGCCAAGACCGCAGGGCCAUAUGGGGUUGCCCUCGUGUCAUGAGGUGGCUACUGAGACCAUGGGGACGACUUCGACAUCGAGUUCGCAGGGGGGAAAGAAGAAGACUGCUAGGUGGCAUGAUACCUCCUGUUUUUGGUGCAAGGAGGGGGGACAUAGAGCCGUGAACUGUCCAGAGCUCCUUGAGGAUAAGGCCGAAGGGCGAGUCACGGAGGUCGACGGCAAAUUCUAUGA